UUUUAUUUUGAUAAAUCACACAGUGUUACACAGUAAUAUUAACUGAUGACGUUUCGAGCACAAAUUAUUGCUCAUAAUCAUAUCAAGUUUGAUUUGAGUCUAAAUAACUACCAACUUCUCUACAGGAAUGUGAAAUUUAAUCUUGAAAAGUGGCAAGUCAGGGAGCCUUUUUCUAAUAUUAUUAUAGCUUUGUAAACUUUUAACACGAAUAUGCCCUUUGCAUUACUUGAAUUACCUUGAUUCGUGAGAACGAUAUUGGAUAUUGGAUUGAUUGCUCCCAUGGCAUUUUGUCGGUCACUCAUUCGGGUCGGCGCUUCUUAUCAUGGCCUGCAUAAUUAUUACGACUGUAGGAUGAAAUCUCUCAGAAAAGGACCUAACAUAUGUUGGACAUUCGAUGUGCUGAAACUUGACGGAUUUUACGAUAGUUUGCGCUACCCGAUGGAUGGAUCAGAGUGUAAGGUUGAGGGCAGUAAGUCCAAGGCACAACUAAGGGCUGAGCGAAGAGCUAUUCAAGUAAGCGGCCAAGACGUUUAAUUAUAGUCCUAGGAAGCACAAAGAGCUGCGAAAGCUGCUUCUAAGAGUGUUGAAAAACCAAAAGUCAAACAAAAUGCUAAUGCUUGUGAGCUUGGACCACAUAGUGGGAAAGAAAGUACUGGUUAAUAACUCGUAAACUAUUAAAUAUUAGGUGAACUAAAGGUCAAGUGUGCAGACGUCACAGCCAAGUCUGAAAAAAAGCCUGAAGUCACAGGUACAAAAGCACUAUGCGAGGAAAAAAGUAUGAUCAGUACAAUGCUCACUUAUUUUCGAAUUUAGAGCAUAACACUUGUUUCGAUUACUCAGGUAGAAAAAUUGCUGAACUCCCGACAUCAAGAACUCAAGAAUCUUGCCGGGUUCAUCUCUUUAAGCAUCUUGACCAACCAGAUAAGCGUAUAGAUGUCAUCGGCCACAUUGGUCUAGGCAGUCAUUCCCCCGUCCAUCCUUCCUUUCUCGCUCUGGGUGUUGAUUUUGACGAGGGACGAAUACGGGGAUCCAACGAAAGAUGUUUGGCGUUUUUAUCAUCUUGUGAAGAACUCGUGCGUUCAUUUACUUUGAGGUCACGUGACGAGAAAAUGAGUAAUCACAUUGGUACAAAUGAAACUCUCUUUUGCCGGAAUUUCGGACCAGUCCUCCAGACUCAUGUAAACUUUCUCAAACUCUGUCGUCCACUCUCCGUUACAAUAUAUAAUGCUUAUCAGUACUUAAAGCAGACGCUCACUCGUUUAGAUUCUGUAGAAGACUGGGAAGAGUGUCAAAUGAGUUUUUUGUCCGCUAUUGAUGAAUUUAGACGUAGUUCCAUCUUUCUGGCAGGCGAAGAAAUUGUAGACCGUACAGUCAGCUUGAUUCGCUCUGGUGAAUGCGUUUGUACAUUUGGAUAUUCAUCUCUAGUGGCCCAAGUCUUGGAAAAUGCAUGGAAGUCAUCAUAUAACCCAUCUAUCAACCAAGCUGAUGUAAAUGGUUUAUUGGCAAACAAAAUGAAAACGUGUCAUGUAGAUGGUAAGCCAGAUCUGAAAAGUAAAACCACAAACAGAGUAUUCAGUGUUUUGGUUGUUGAUUCCCGUCCCAAAUUUGAAGGGAGACGAAUGCUAAACAGAUUGUCUAAGGCAGGCAUACCCUGCGAGUACACACACAUUGGCGCAUUACCUAGUGUCGCUAACAAGAUAUCACUGGUUAUCGUGGGUGCCCACGCACUUCUUAGCAAUGGUUAUGUGCUUGGACGUAUGGGAACUGCUCAAGUGGCUAAUAUUGCUGCUUCUAUUUCGCAUGCUCCAACAAUGGUUUGUGCUGAAACCUACAAAUUUUGGGAACGGGCUCAUUCGGAUGCAUUUGAAUACAACGAACUUGGAGAUCCUGAUGAUAUUUGGCGUGGCCCUCGAGGCACAUCAUCUGACUACAAAGUAGGCAUUCCUGGUUACGGUCCUACAGGGUUGGUAGACAGAAAUGGGUCAGUUACAACUGAUUUGAGCGAUUGGCGUUCAAAUCACAGGCUUAGAUUGCUGCAUCUGGAAUAUGAUGUUCUGCCGCCUACACUUGUCACAGCUGUAGUAACUGAAAAAGGCACUCUACCGACCACUUCUGUUCCUGUUGUACUUCGAGUAAAACAAGCCUCGCUGCCUAUUGUAUGAUCUGUAUUUUUGUAUUCUUUGCACUUUGAAUUAUUCUUUGCUAUGAUGGUAUGUUCUUAGGAUAUAUCAAGUUAUAAAUUAGACGCACAACACUUACUUACUGUGAUGCGUGUACUUUUAUUGUAUUUUGUGAUGGUAUAUUCUGUUUGAUAAUAUUUGAAGAAAGAAAAAAAAGCAAACCUUUAAUAUCUGUAUGGUAGGUCUGUAUAAAACUUUAGUAAUUUC